AUGACUUGCAAUGGGAUGGCUUUCUUCCAAACAAACUUCAUGCUCCAAACCCAUCAUGAUGAGGAAGAAGAAGAUCACCAUCACCAGCCUCCAACUUCUCUCAACCCAAUUCUCCCUUCCUGCACACCACAGGACUUCCAUGGGAUGGCAUCAUUCCUAGGGAAGAGAUCCAUGUCAUGUUCAGGGAUUGGAGAUCAUGAAUUGGAAGGUGGGAACAAUGGUGGGGAUCAGCUGGAUGAGCUAUCAGAUGAUGGAUCACAGGCAGGAGAGAAGAAGAGGAGGCUGAACAUGGAACAAGUGAAGACAUUGGAGAAGAACUUUGAGUUGGGGAACAAGCUUGAACCAGAGAGGAAAAUGCAGCUGGCUAGAGCUCUUGGCCUGCAGCCUAGGCAGAUUGCUAUCUGGUUCCAGAACAGGAGAGCCAGGUGGAAGACCAAGCAGCUUGAGAAAGACUAUGAUGUCCUGAAGAGACAGUUUGAAGCUGUCAAAGCUGAUAAUGAUGCCCUUCAAGCCCACAACCAGAAGCUUCAUGCUGAGAUAAUGGCACUGAAAAGCAGGGGACCAACACAUGAAGCAAUCAACCUGAACAAAGAGACUGAAGGGUCAUGCAGCAACAGAAGUGAAAGCAGCUCAGAUAUCAAGCUAGACAUCUCAAGGACACCAGCAGCCAUUGACAGCCCUCUUUCCUCUCAGCAUCCAACUCCAACCACAACAACAAGCAGUGGCAGGCCAUUCUUCCCAACUACAUCAUCUCAUCAUCAUCAACAACAGCAUAAUAAUGUUAGGCCUCCAGCAGCUCCUCCAUCUGGGCUGGUACAGCAGCUUUUCCACAACAACAGCACUUCACCUUCGACAAGGCCUCCAGACCAUCAUAAUCAGCACCACCAUCCUCAAUUGGGGCUGCAGUGUCAGAAGAACAUUGAGCAGAUUGUGAAGGAAGAAACCCUCACCACCAUGUUCUGUGGCAUGGAUGAUCAGUCUGGGUUCUGGCCAUGGCUUGAGCACCAACAGUUCAAUUGA